AUGGCACCUCAGAUCUCGGGACGGACGAGGCUGCGGCCGACCAAGAAGGCGAAGAAGCAACAGAAUGACCAUCGUGGGCAAAAGAGAAAGCGAGAAGAGGUGGAGGUGGAAAAGCUGGAACAACUGGUGCGAGAGCUCGACGUCCAUUCCACGAAAUACUCCUCCUUCACCGAGCUGCCUCUCUCCGAGCCGACGAAGGCUGGGUUGAAGAAGGCACAUUUCAGCAGUCUUACAGACAUCCAAGCCAAGGCCAUACCUCUGGCUUUGAAAGGGAAAGACAUUCUGGGAGCCGCAAAGACGGGCAGCGGCAAGACCUUGGCUUUCCUCAUACCAAUCCUCGAGAACUUAUACCGCGCGCAGUGUAUUGGCGGGGAUGCUGGGCUGGGCGCAUUGAUCGUCACGCCGACUAGAGAACUCGCCAUCCAAAUAUUUGACGUUCUGCGACUGGUUGGCGGGCAUGGACACUUCUUCGCUGCAGGCUUGGUCAUUGGAGGCAAGCAUUUGCGGGAAGAACAGGAUGCGCUGCCGAGAAUGAAUAUCGUCGUGUGUACACCAGGACGAAUACUGCAGCAUCUUUCGGAGACGCCCACGUUCAAUGUCGACGGCCUGCACAUGCUGGUUUUGGACGAGGCAGAUCGCGUGCUGGACAUGGGCUUCAAGCAGACUCUGGACGCCAUCAUUGAGUACCUGCCCAAGCAGCGGCAGACAUUGCUCUUCAGUGCCACUCAAAGCAAGCGAGUCUCGGAUCUGGCGCGACUGUCCUUGCAAGAUCCAGAGUACAUUGCUGUUCAUGAAACCGCCCAGGCAGCAACACCCAAAGGUCUGCAGCAGAACUAUGUCAUCACGCCUCUACCGGAAAAGCUUGAUGCUUUAUGGUCCUUCAUCCAAUCUGCGAAGAAGUCAAAGAUUGUCGUAUUCUUCUCCACCACAAAACAGGUUCGCUUCGUGUACGAGUCUUUCCGCCACAUGCAGCCUGGUAUUCCACUGCUGCAGCUUUUCGGCCGCAAGAAGCAGACGGCGCGACUAGAGACCACUGAGAAAUUCUCCAAGGCCAAGUACAGCUGUCUAUUCACUACAGACGUUGUUGCGCGUGGUAUUGAUUUUCCUGCUGUCGAUUGGGUCGUGCAAGUCGACUGUCCAGAGGAUGCUGACACAUAUAUCCAUCGUGUGGGAAGAACUGCUCGCUACGAACGAGAGGGUCGAGCGGUCAUGUUUCUAGACCCUAGUGAGGAGGAGGGCAUGCUUACGAGACUAGAGCAGAAGAAAGUGCCAAUCGAGCGCAUCAAUAUUCGCAACAAAAAGAAGAGCAGUAUCAAGAACCAGCUUCAGAAACAAUGUUUCGAAGAUGUGCAGUUGAAGGAGCUGGGGCGCAAAGCAUUCAUCAGCUACGUAAAAGCAUUGCACUAUCAAAAAGACAAGGAAAUAUUCAAUCUCGAAAAGUACAAGCUGGAGGAGUUCGCGUCAAGCAUGGGUCUGCCAGGAGCACCAAGAAUCAAAUAUCUCAAGGCCGAUGCGGAAGAAGCCAGGCGGAAGAAGAACUUGUCUAGGAAGGCGAUGUUAUCGGACGAGGAUUCUGAAGACGAGGAUGACGACGAAGAUGGCGAUACGAAAGCUAAGAGGAAAGAUAAAGUGCGAACCAAAUACGACCGCAUGUUUGAGCGCCAGAAUCAAGACAUUCUUGCCGAUCACAAUCGCAAGAUCAUCAAAGACGACGGAGAUCUCAAUCGACUGGAUGGCGAGCAGGCUUCUGAUGAAGACCUCUUCGACGUCAAACGCCGCAUCCCCGCCGACCCAACCUCAGACUUGGAGAUGGACUCGGAAGGAGAAAUGCCACUGGACGCGAAAGUCGCACAAGACGCAGGCACCAAGACCGUUACCAUCCCAGGUGCCAAGAAUCCCCUCAUCAUUGACUCCAACCGUCGAGAAAAGCUCCUCAAAUCCAAAAAGAAGCUCGCGAAACUCAAAGACAAAGGCUCAAAACUGGUCUUCGACGACGAUGGCAACGCUCACGAAAUUUACGAACUUGAAGACGAAAAUGACUUCCGCGCCCGCGGCGAGGCUGAGGAGCAGAGGAAGAAAUUCUUGGAGGAGGAAGCGAAGAGAACACAACAGGCUGAUUUGGAGGAUAAGGUUUUGGCUAAGGAGAAGAGGAGAGCUAAACGAGAGAAGAGGAAGGAGAGGGAGCGAGCCGAGGAGAUGGGCAGUAAGGAUGAGGAAGAUGAGGACGACGGAGGAGCUCAAUUGGGAGGCGCGGCCAGGAGUGCAUUUGAUGACUUUUUGCAGGAUGCUGGCAGCGUUCGUGGGCCUGAAGACGAGGAGAGUGAGGAGGAAGAGCAGCCCAGGAAGAAGGCGAAGUGGUUUCAGCAAGAUGGAAAGAGGAGACGUGAGGCUGAAAACAAAGAGAUCGAGACGUUUGAUGAUCUUGAGGCUGAGGCUGCGAAGUUACUUGGCUGA